AUGGGUCACUUGCUCAGCACCCGAGGUGAGCGAACCGGUUUAAUAGACGAUCUUAACUGUGCCCUAUCAGUCUACAAACAAGGGUGGAGUUGUCGAGGCGCCGCUCCAUCUAUUCGCAUCCGUCUAGGCUGGAACGCCGCUAAAAUGCUAGCCACACGGCUAAAUUGGAAAGAAUCAAGUGGCUUGCUGCAAGAGGCUGUACACCUCCUUUCCGCUGUAAGCCCACAGUCCUUGAAGCACACCGACAAGCAGGACAUACUCGCAUCCUUCGCCGGCCUAGCUUCGAUGGCAGCUGCAACUGCUCUCAAUGCUGGGGAGAGUGCUUGUCACGCCUUACAACUCCUUGAAGUUGGUCGCGGCGUAAUCGCUGGCCUACUGAUGGAAUUACGCGGAGAUAUUUCUGAUCUCACGCAACAGCACCCUGAUCUAGCAGACGAAUUAAUAUCCCUUCGAGAGGAGCUAGAUUCGCCGGUAGAUCGAUCAACGAUUCUAAGCUCUGCCGAUAAUGGGCUAUCCUGGGAAGCUCAAGUGACACGAAGACGUGACGCGGACCAGAAAUUCAGCGAGACCCUAAUAAAGAUUCGUGCCAAGCCGGGCUUCCACAACUUCCUCCUUCCGCCGACUGCAGAUGAGCUAAUGGCCGCGGUAAAUCCAGACCCUAUCGUUGUCGUUAAUCUAAGCGCUUAUCGCUGCGAUGCAUUUCUUAUCGAGCGCGCUCAGAUUAGGGUAUUAGAAUUACCUAACCUGAAAAUAGAGGAAGUUCAAGAACGGGUCCACAGCCUCAAGCUAUCGUCCCCUAUAGCGUCUUCCGAUUUCACAUCGCUCUUAGAGUGGCUCUGGGACACCGUUAGUGGUCCAAUUCUAAAGGUACUCGGAUUCAAUAAGCCUACGUCCGACGGUAAUUGGCCUCGAGUGUGGUGGAUUCCUACUGGCAUACUUAGCCAGCUACCACUCCAUGCAGCAGGAUACCAUACACGGGGAUCCACUGAAACAGCCUUGGAUAGAGUCAUGUCGUCGUACGCUUCAUCCGUCAAGUCAUUGAUAUACGGGCGCCGACACCAUGUUCGCCAACAAGAAGGACCUAUCACAGACCAUGCUCUGCCGGUGGCUAUGCACGAAACGCCAGGACUAUCCCAAAACCAAUACCUUCCAUAUGCAAAAGAAGAGGUGGAUAUGUUGAAUGAUAUCUGUCCCUCACUUCAGCUGAGGCCAAUAAAGACAGUACGUCGUAAAGACGAUGUUCUGAGACAUCUACAGGGGUGUAGAAUCUUCCAUUUUGCAGGACACGGGCAGUCGGAUCCAUUCCAGAAGUAUACGCUUUACCUCUUACAUCAACCAGAACUUUGA